AUGGCGACGAAGAUGCCUCGCGGCCGCACAUUAUUCUCACUGCGGCCCUCGGCUCCUUUGAGCGGCCAAGCCGUGCGUGCGUUUUCCUUAUCUGCCGCUCAGCUAGUCAACAUGCCCAAGGAGGCCCAAAACUUGCGAAUGGCCCCUCGAGAUCAUGUCGGCGUUCUCAAAGCCCCUCUCGUUAAUCCAGCCGACAAGUACCAAAGCAAAGCCGAUAACAUGCACAGAUAUGGAGCUUGGCUGAUGGGCUGCUUGCCCAAGUACAUACAGCAAUUCUCCGUCUGGAAAGACGAGCUUACCAUUUACAUAUCUCCCUCGGGCGUCAUCCCCGUUUUCACGUUUCUGAAGCAUAACACCGCAGCUGAAUUUACCCAAAUGAGUACCAUCACUGCAUGUGACUUCCCCAGUCGAGACAAGAGAUUCGAAAUCGUAUAUAACCUUCUCUCCGUGAGACACAACUCUCGCAUUCGUGUAAAGACGUACGCCGACGAGGCGUCCCCAGUCCCCAGUGUCACAUCACUCUACGAUGGCGCCAACUGGUAUGAGAGGGAAGUCUACGAUCUAUUUGGCGUGUUCUUUGCUGGACACCCUGAUUUACGACGAAUCAUGACGGAUUAUGGUUUUGAAGGUCACCCUCUUCGCAAGGAUUUCCCCUUGACUGGAUAUACUGAGAUUCGCUAUGAUGAAGAGAAGAAGCGUAUCGUUACUGAGCCACUGGAGCUCACGCAGGCGUUCCGUAAUUUUGAGGGUGGUUCUAGUGCUUGGGAAAUGGUUGGCCCUGGUGAGGAUCGCAGGCCAAAUACUUUCAAGCUGCCCACGCCAAAGCCAGAGGAAAAGAAGGAAGAGCCAAAGAAAUAG